CUAUGCUUCUCGACGCUUCCAAGGUCCUGCUGCAGCUGCUGCAGAGCCCGUGCAGUGCGGCGGUGCAUCCGAGGCCAAGACUCUUGGGCCGUUGGCAGCCCGUGGAAUGCGGCAUCCAUUGCUUGCUUGGCGGUGGGGGGGCUUUGUUCCUUUGUUCUCGCUAUUUGCCGUCUGUAUCGUAUUGGUGAGACCACCUCUGCACAAAAGGCGCCCAACCUUGAAGAAUCGCGGCGAUGCACUCACAGGGACCGGGGGCACUGCGACAGGGCGGGAGAGAAGAAAAAAACCGACACCCCGCUGACGCUGCUGACGAACUGCCCCCAGCCAGCCCUAUCAAGAGUCUUCCAUCCGUCCCUUCCCUGGUUGCUUCCCUCUGCCCAGCGUGAGGCCCCCAACAAGGUGCAGCAGUCUCGACAACCCCCCUCCCCACCAUCCCCCUCCCCAGCCAUCCCACUUCCAUCUUUCUGUCGUCAUCCUUCUCCCUCUCCUGUUUCAUCCACCGCUCAACCACCGCAUAGACGUCCCUGCUCCAGACGAGGCGCAACCCGCUCGCCGACAACAGAGCCGACAGCUGCGACGUGCCCAGCGCCAUGAGUGACGUUCACAGGGGACACGCCUACGGCGGGCCCCGAUCCUACCGCGAUCGCGACAGCGACUCCGACGACGACCGCUAUCGCAGCACCACCGUCACCCGCUACAAGGUCAACCCAGGCCGCGGAAGCGAACGCUUCGACCGGAGUGAAAGGGUCGAAGCAGACGACGACCGCCGCUCCCGCUUCUCAGCCCGCACCUCUGGCGACUUUCUCGAUGAACGCCGCGGUCCUCUGUCGCCCUCAGACCGGCCUCGUUCCGCCUUUGAACCCGCUGGCGACCGCUCGCGCACCGUCUAUUAUGAGCGUGAUGUCGAGCGCGAUGCCCGCCGCGAGCCGGACCGCUCACGCGUGGCCGUCUUCGAUGGCGACCGCGACUGGGACCGCCGAUCUCAUCACACACGCCACGACGAUGAGAUCAAGGUCGAGAAAAAGUUCGAGGAGCGCUUUGACGACGACCACGGCCAUGAAGUAGAGCGCUACCGCAAGGAGACGGAAUACUACUCCCAAGCCGACCCUCCCCCCGCUCCCGUCAUCAUCCGUCAGCAGGUCCCGGAACCUCAGAAAAUCAUCGUCCAAGAGGCGCCGCCCCCCGCGCCCAUUGUCCUGCCUCGCCAACAGCCCGGCGUCGUCGUUGUGCGCGACCGGGAGCAGGACCGCGAAAUGGUCCGCCGCGAGCGCGACCCGUACGAUGAAGAGUACUACUACCGCCAUGAGCGGCGCGAUAUUGGCCCCUACCGAGGAGACCACGACUACUCAGUAUCCCGAUAUGAGCGCCGGCGUAGAGAUGAUGAUUACUAUAGCGGCGACGACGACUACUAUGUUCGCCGCACAGUCGUCCGUCGUGAGCGCAGCAGCAGCCCCCACCACCAGCACAAGCUACAGCUGGCCGAGGGCGCUCUCGCCGGCGCCGGUAUCAGCGCUCUCAUGUCCAGUCGUCGCGACGAGUACGGUGACCUGCCCGAGAACCGCGGCCGCAAGGUCAUCGCCGGUGCUGCUCUCGGCGCUCUUGGGACUGAGGCCAUUCGCCGCGCUCACAGUGCCUACGAGGAUCGCUGGGGCGACGGGCGCGAGUCUCCCGACCAUCAUUCGAGGCUCAAAAAGGGCCUGGGCAUCGCUGCAGUUGCCCUCGCCGCUGCCGGUGCUGCCAAGUAUUAUCAAUCCAGUAAGGUGGAAAAGGAGGAGGCGCACCGCGGUCGCAGUCGCACGCGGGGCGGCUACCACUCCGACGAAGAGGAAUAUUACUCACGCUCCGUAUCCCGCACCCGCUCCAAGUCCAAGAGCCGCCGGCGCAGCAUCUCCACGGUCGCCAAAGCCGCGCUUGGGACCGCUGCCACAGCCGGCAUCAUCAAGCACUUCCGAGACAAGUCCAAGUCCAAGAGCCGCUCUCGCCACGGAAGCCGCUCGCGCAGCAAGUCCAAGCUCCGCCGCGGUGCCGAGAUUGCGGGCGUCGCAGCGGCCGCCGGUGUUGCGAACAAGCUUUGGAAGAACCACAAGGAAAAGAAGGAGGCAUCUCGAGAGCGGUCACGAGCCCGAAGUUUCAGCGACGACGAACGCGACUAUCGCCGUCGGUCGCGCAGCAGAGGCUAUAGCAGGGACAGGGGCAUGAGUCGCAGCCGGAGCAGGAGCAGGUCCAUGGCCAGAUCCCCUUACUCACCGACCGGGGCUGAUCCUGAGCUAGGCUUGAUUGAGUACGGACGCGACCCCCUACCGCCGUCCCAGAGGUCCGCAUCGCGCGGUGGCUACGAAUCAGGGGGUGAUGAUGGCCGUCGCAGGCGGCGCCGGCGUCGUGAUCCAUCCGUGUCCUCGUCUCCGUCGGAUCAAGAGAGGAAGCGGAGCAGGAGUCGGCUGAGAAACAUGGCGGCGGCUGGCGCGACCGCGUUCGGUAUCAAGGAGUUCAAGGACAGAAAGGACCAAGAGAAGCGCGAGCAGAGGUCAAGGGAGAGGAGGUCAAGGGAGAGAGAUGAUGCGAGAAGACGCUACGACGAAGAUGAGCGUAGGAGACGUGACGACUACGCCGACGAUCGCCACGGCCAUCGCUCACAGUCUCCUCCGACUGCGUCUGGCGGCGCAUACUAUCCGCCAUACCCGUCUACCCCGGGUCCGGCGGCGGGCGGCGGCCCUAACUACGCACCGUAUCCUGACGCCGCUGGCAACCCUCCGCGGGAGUAUCAGCCUUACAUGCCGCAGGACUACAUGGGAUACGUCCCGCCGCCGCCGCCUGGCCCGCCACCCGCGCCCGAACCGGGCCUGGGCGGCACCUAUCCGUCGCAAGGUCCUCCGGGUCCUCCGCCUUCCGGUCCGCCCGGCCCGCCGGGACCUCCACCACCUCCUGCCGGGCCACCGCCUCCUAGCGGCAAUUACCCGCCAGACCAUGUGAGUGACCUGUCCCGAGAUCGAGGGAACCCCGCCUGGCACGCAGGAGAGGGUGCGUUAAGUCGUGCUUUUCGCGCUAUAAAUGGGGACGGGGGAUCAGUAGCUGAUACUCGAAUAGAUGGCAUGAGGCCCGACCAUCCGUACGCGGCCUCGUCGCCUAGGGAUCCGCCGACUGCAUCCAAGUCGGUUUCCUUUAUCCCUCUCUCCCCCAAAAGCUCGAAGACGAUGGAGAGGCACAAGAAGGGGCAGGCGGCCUCCGCGGACGCAUCUUCGGAUGACGCCGACGAACACGAUGCGGACGAUGGUGACGAAGAAACCACUGCGCGGCCCAGUUUGCGUCGUCGCCGUUCCUCGGAUCCCUCGUCCGAUCGUCCAAUCGUGCGUCGUGGCCAUGGCCGGGACGCUGAUGCCGACAACGACGUGGAGGAUCUGCCAGAUCGGUUCGAUUCCCAGGGGCGGCCACUCAACGGGCGCUCAGCCACUCACGCACGGUGGACGACGCGCCAGGGAACCUUUGAGCGGCCAGCGCAACGCCCCGGUGGGUGGGACGUCAGAGGUGCGUGGCAGGUGAGCGGUACUGAGCAAGAGGCAGUGGACCGCCUGGUGCGCAACGUCACGGGCGCGCUUGGGGGGCAGCGCAGCUGGAUGAGUGUCAUUGGAGAGGUCAUUGGCGGGGGUCUGCUACCACCGGCAGGCGGCGGCGCUCCCCAUGAUGGUGAGCGAAAGGACCGCGACCACGACGGAAAUACAGACGAGGGACGGAGACGACGGCGGGGGAAGUGACGAUGACGCUUGGCGAGGGCGAAUGUGAGAUGAAGGCAAGCGGCAAGACAAGGUUACGACUGGCGACGGGGAGGACGCACGAAGUGACGAUGACGAAGUGACGAUUUCCUCUUUACGAUAUGUCUUUUUUUUUCUCCUAUUGCUUUGGGCGGGCGGUCGGUCGGUCGGGAUCAAGAUGGGGGAUGAACCAUGUUGCUGCUGCUACGAGGACAAGGAUGAAACGCCAUGUUUUGAGAUGAAGUAAUGCAGGCUCUAGUAGAUGGUACGAUUCUAACAAUGGUGAUUUACGUUGGUAUAUACAUGUUCCUUGACAUUAUACAUGGCGCACACACACGCACCUUUGAGUACCUACGCGGCCGACGUGACCUAACAGGGCGAAGGAAGAGAAAGGGUGAAGCCGAAGCCCGCAGAUUGUUCAAUCCCAUGUGGUGGUAUUCGUCUAAGCGCCUAGAUCUGCUGCUACCGACUCCUAUACGGAAGACGCACGGCCGUCGUACCUCGUACACUUAUCGUCCCUCCCUCUCUCUACGCCUACCUACCUGCC